UGUUUGAUAAUGUUGUUUAAUAAUAUUGUUUUAUUAUAUACCAAUAUGCAGUAAAUGUGGGGGGUUGCCUUUUGUUAUAUGGACAUCCCUCCAACUUUGAGCACAAGCUGCUCCGCUAAGAUAUCAUCAACACAGUGCAGGUAUGAAAUGGAUUAGAGGAUGGCAGUUCAAUUCCCCCUGAUUUUACCCCAUCAAAUGUUUUUCCUUUUCUCUCACUAUGCAUCAUUUUGUCAGCUCUAAGCUGGCCACAGUCUUGAGUGCACAAGUUGUCAUUUAUAUACCAAAAAGAACACAAGGGAAGAUAUGAGGGCUUUAAAAUAACCAGAACCGUAACAAAACACUGCAGCUUUAUAGGUUGUUGCUCUGUUUGUCAAAGUGGUGGUUUCUCCAUUUUUCCACAUUUCGAUACAACCACAAAGAUCUAAAUCUCACCUCUCUCGCUCUUGUAUGUAUUUUCUUCUGUGUGUUCGUCUUUAUCCACCCACGUACAUGCCCAUAAAAUGUAUUCAUUUCUUGUGGAAGGUCCACCUUGUGUUGAGUCCGUAUGGUGGUCUAACAUUCACAAUUAAGACAAAAGAACACUCCAAGCAACUCUUUGAAAAGGUGAUUUAAAAAUACAAGUCAGGAGGUAGAGACAAGUCACUAAAGAUCUCUUGGAUUCAAACAUGUCUAGGUUUUACUGCUUAAGGUUGUUGAGUUUCUUCCAGACAGAGACAUAAUUUGACAACUAGUGUAGGUUCAUCUCUAACACCAAACUUUAUCCCUGUACUCUGCCAUCUUUUAACCAUCUUAAUUCCUAUUAAUUACCAGCCAGGUGACCAUAUGCAGCAUGUCUAUAAAUUCAUCUUAUAAUGUUGUAAUUGCUGAUUAUUUGACACAUCAGCCCAAAUAAAUUAUCAAAUGUUUUGAUGGUGGCUGAUUUCAUAAACUUUUUCUAAUGUUCUAAAAUCAUGGUUGCUACCCUUUUGUAUCAUUCUUGCCUUAUUACUUUUCUCUUUUCUCAUUGCUGUUCAAAGCUGUAACCCAUUAUGAGACAAUGAUCUUGAAUAAAUUUGACACAAAGCCUAAAAUGGUGGUGACAGCUUCCUUUGGCAUUGAACCUGGAAGAAGAGUUGAAUAUAUUCCUUUACUAGAAAAAGCUCUGGAUCUAACGCUGCAUAAACCAGAAAAAGUUCUCAUCUACAACCGGCCUAACAUGGAAACUGUUUCAGCAGAAGUCAGUGACAGUCUAGACUGGGAGAAGGAAAUGGCCACAGCUAGGCCUCAUGACUGUGUUCCACUAACGACAAACCACCCACUAUAUGUUCUUUAUACAUCUGGAACUACAGGGCUACCCAAGGGAGUUGUAAGGGACACUGGAGGUUAUGCUGUAAUGUUGAACUGGACAAUGUCUGAUGUGUAUGGUCUUCAGCCUGGAGAGGUUUGGUGGGCAGCAUCUGAUCUGGGUUGGGUUGUUGGACAUUCAUACAUCUGCUAUGGCCCAUUGCUUCAUGGCAAUGCCACUGUUCUUUAUGAGGGCAAGCCUGUGGGUACUCCAGAUGCCGGAGCGUAUUUCCGCCUGUUGUCUGAGCAUGGAGUGGCGGCCAUGUUUGUUGCACCAACUGCUCUCAGAGCCAUCUGCCAGCAUGACCCCCAGGCAUCUCUUGGGAUGAAGUACCCACUAACAAGAUUUCGAACUCUUUUUGUUGCUGGAGAACGCUGUGAUAUUGACACACUAAAUUGGGCAAAGAAAAUCUUCAAGGUGCCUGUGUUAGAUCAUUGGUGGCAGACUGAGACUGGAUCUCCAGUGGCAGCUAGCUGUGUUGGACUUGGGAGCUCCCUGAGCCCUCCAGAUGGACAAACAGGAAAACCUGUUCCAGGAUACAAUGUUACUGUUCUGGACACAGAUAUGAAGGAAGCAAAACCUAGAAUUUUGGGGAACAUUGUGGUCAAGUUACCAUUACCUCCAGGUGCUUUUACAACACUUUGGAAAAAUGAUGAACUCUUCAAAGAACUUUAUUUCACCAAAUUUCCAGGAUAUUAUGAUACAAUGGAUGCUGGCUACAUGGAUGAAGAAGGGUAUCUAUAUGUGAUGUCUCGAGUAGAUGAUGUGAUUAAUGUUGCAGGACACAGGAUUUCAGCUGGUGCACUCGAAGAGGCAAUUUUGCAACACUCUGCUGUUGUGGAUUGUGCUGUUGUAGGCUUACAAGACCCUUUAAAAGGACAUGUGCCUUUAGCCUUGUGCGUUGUACAGAAUGGCGUAAUUAAAGGUGAAGACAUCGUUGCACAGGAAAUCACCAAUCUUGUAAGAGAAAGCAUCGGCCCAGUGGCAGCAUUCAGAAAGAUGAUUUUUGUGAAAAGACUACCAAAAACACGGUCUGGAAAGAUUCCUCGCUCGACACUUGCUGCAGUUGUUAACAAAAAACCGUAUAAGAUUUCUCCUACCAUUGAGGAUCCAGAUGUGUUUGAAGAAAUUGAAACUGUUCUUAAAAGCCAUAUCUAAAUAUUAACAAAGCCAUGGAUUUUAAAAAGGGGUGUGCAGGAAGGAGCCACAGUUUAAGUCUGGAUGAUACAGCCUCUGUUUUAUAAACUUCAAUAACUUCAGUUAUCUGAGCCUGGCCCAGUCUAUUUCUUCUCCUAAGAAAUGAACAAGAUUUGAUGAUCUCUUUGGCUUAACAAAAUAUGAUUAAUUUUAUUUUCUUUCUUUUCUAAUAAAACAUACAAUUAUAAUUAUAAUUUUCAAAUAGAAUUUCAUUUAGGUACCUGGUUAUACAGUAUAUUUGCCUUUAUGAAUGCAACAUGCAGUGUACCUUUGGAAGAGGCCAAUAAAUUACAUUAUUUUAUAUUUUGUUUUGCAAGAUUCUCAGAAUCUGUUCUGGGUGCUUAAAAAUGUUAACCAUUGUGGAAACCAUUCUGACUUCAUUUUUUCAGAAACUCGGCAAAUUGUAAAUUUGAGUGUAAAAAAUAUUAAAUAUUGCUCUUAUAUAUUAAUUUAGACUUUCAACAGCAAAAGGGAAAAUUCCAAAAUGUUAUAUUGUCAGGCUUGGAGUAAAUUCUGCCUUGACGUUGCCCCAGUUAACAGUAUUUUAAUUAUGCAUUUUUGUUACAUUAGUUGUAAAGGACAAAAAGAAACAACCUGCCUUAACUGUUCAUAUGUUUUAUUUUGAAAGAAGAACAGACUCUAGUGUUACUUAUCACUUGUUGCUGUAUAUGUGUUGUGUCUUUGGCAUAGCAGAUUCAUUUCUUGUUUAAUAUGUUUGCAACUAUCCAUACUCCCCCUUAACGUAGUGACUGCCAGUUUUAUACGCAACACAUCUUUUUAAUAAGUGUAAUUGUGUCACCGUUUUACAUGAUUUAUAUUUGUACAUUAUUAUAUUUGUAUUAACAAUG